CGCUCAGUGACAAGCCAGCUCUGCCGCCUGGCCCAGGUGCCCAGAGAACGCGUGGCAGUACAGGGCCAUGGAGUCCCCUCUCGCUCCCGCCUCUGCCAGGAAGGAAGCUGGGAUGUUCCUGACUCUGAUCCUCCUGCUCGCUGGUCGCAGCCAGCGAGCCAUGGCCGCCCAGAGGCAACAAGGCGUGGAGUGUGUACUCUUCAACGAUCAGUACCUGACCUGUAUGUGGGGCAGCAAAGAGAUGCCAACAGCCAAUUAUUCGCUCUAUUACUGGUACUUUCCCCCAAGCUCUGUCAUGCCAGUGGAAUGCAAGUACUACCUCCAGGAGAAGGGCAUCAACACGGGCUGCUGGUUCAACCACAGCGAGAUCAUCCAGUUCCGCACCUUCAACAUCCACAUCAAUGCCAGCCAUGAGGGCAGGAGCCUCGUCAUCCCCACCAAAGGCAUGAAGCUGCAGGACCUAGUGAAACCCGCUCCACCAGUGAACCUGACCAUUCAGAACAUAAGCAAUAACCAGCUGCAGCUGACCUGGGACUCCAUGUACAACAAGCCCCACUGCCUGGAAUAUGCUGUCAGAUACAAAAGCAACAAGGACACCAGAUGGACGGAGCACUUGGCCAGUGGCAAGAUCUUCUCCUUCCCUAGUGUGGACUACGAGAAGUAUUACACCUUCAACGUGAAAAGCAAGAUCAGUCAGUACUGUGGCACCACCCAGCUCUGGAGCGAGUGGAGUGUCCCAGUGUUCUGGGGCAACAAUGCAACAGACAAGGGCGUGGCAGAGAAGCAGGUACCAUGGUUCUGGAUUCACGUGGUUCUCCCCACUGCCUCUUUGAUGCUCAUCCUGGUCCUUGUCAUUUUGUUGAUUCGAAUGGAAAGAGUCUGGGUUAUUCUCAUGCCCAGAAUCCCCAACCCCAGCAAGAACUUCGAUGAGCUCUUCAACACCCACCAGGGCAACUUCCCGGAAUGGGCCGGAGUCUCCAAGGAUGUUGUGGAGAGCUUUAAACCCAACUACAGCGAGAGCUUCUGCUACGUCAGCGAGCUACCCCCCAAGGAGGGCAGCACGCCCCUCUGGGAGGGCCGUGACAAGCCGAGAGCCCCCUCGGGGCGCUCCUCAGCCCCAGCCUCCAGCAGCAGCCCUGGGCUGAUCCUCUCCAAAAACAGCUACGUGGGAGUGUGACAUUACCAGCAGGAGUCGGGAUUGUCUGCUUCUAUCGCCUCUCCUCACAUUGCACCCCCACCCUC